AAGGAGCGGCAAACGUGUGUUGGCUUGAUACAAAAUUGGUGAUCAAAUUUUAAACAAUGGAAGCGCAAUGUUAUUUGGGGAAAAUAUGAUAACCUUAUAAUUUUGUUUUACUAUGGAUAUUUUGGAAUAAAGUACACGAUGGGAUAUUUCGUCGAAGAAUCUUGUCGGUGGAUUUCGAAACAGGAUUGCUUCCUUAUAUGAAGAGAUACCAGAUUAGCUCGUCAGAUACUUUUGGGGAUCGAUACACAGAUAUAUACAAGUUUUAAACUAAACGGUGAAACCAUGGACUAUUUAAAGGAUGAGUUGUAUGAUAUGCAACAUGACAAAAUUGCACGUCGAAAAGAAGUACAUAGACUACAAUUGGAUAAUGAAAACUUAUUACUUGAAAACGAAAGUCUCAAAGAGCAACUUAAUCUUAUGCAACCUGAAAACAGUACAUUAAGCAGUGAUAACGACAGCUUUGAACAACAAUAUGAAGAAGACGGUUUAGACGACCGAGAUCACAUGCAGUAUAAAAACAUGUUACUUUGCCGUCAAAUUGAUUACUUGCAACGGGAGAAACAGGAUAUUUUGCUUAAAAAUCAGAAUUUGGUUUUAGCUAAUAAGCGACUGACAGUCAAGCGAAACAACAGCGAUUUGAACCGUUUACUGGAUGAGGAAAGAGUGAAGAACAAACUUCUAGAAAGAAAAAAUUCUAAACUUACAACAGUCCAACAUGAUACAUGCGAACGUGAAGCCAGGGCUCAGAGUAAAAAAGCUUCCAUUGCAGAGGGAAUUACACAAACAGUACAAGACGAGAACCUCCAUUUAAGGACAAAAGUUGCUGAAAGUCAACGACAACUGAUUGGUCUACACAAAAAUAUGAUCGAUUGCGUAAAACGAAGAUUUUUAUCAAAAACGACAAUGUAAGCAGUCCUAAGGAAGUCAUCGACAAUUCCUCACCAAAAUUGACCACUUGUUCAAAACGAUCUUUAAAAACGACAAUUGCAAACGAUAGUGCUUUGAAUAUCGGUUUUAAUUAUCAUCAACAAGAAUGUGAUGACUGUAAACACUUACAUACACAAAAUGAAGAGUUAAAAAAUAUAAAUGCGUCCAUACAGCGAAAGAUGGACUCGCUCCGUGCUGAAUCGAACGAAUUUAAAAAGGAAAUGCAAAAACAAAAAAAUCAAAUGCAACUUUACGAAAAUUCCAUUUCAAAACUGCAAAGACAGAACGGAGAUGUUCAAUCCCAGUAUGAGCGAUACCUUAGUUCAACACAGCAAGAACUAAGCUCAUUACGUAACACAAUUAGAAAACAACAAGAUCAUGUAAACAUGUUAGAAAAUAAAAACAACAAACUAGAGCAAGACAGCAAAACUGAUAUAUCAGAAUUGACCAGACAUUCAAAAAAUGAAAAAGAGCAUCAUUAUCUUGAAAUACAGAGGCAUAAAAAGGUUUUGGAAAAUGCUCAACAAGCACGGUAUGAUUCCCAGCUAAAAAUGGGGAAACUAGAACUGCGAAUCAAGCAAACCAAAGGUGAGCUUCAAAGGGCCAACGAAACAAUCAAAAGCGAAAAAUCUAGAAAUGCAGUACUGUCUAAAGAAAGAACACAAUACAACGAAUCUUCUGAAAAUCUUCGUAUUUUGACUGAAGAACUGGAUAGCGAACGGUUAGCAAAAUCAUUAUUAUUAAAAGAGAGAAUCCAUUACAAAGGGCAAGUUGAUAAGAUGAAAGCAUUGCAAUUAGAUCUCGAACAUUCCAGAGCUCUCCUCAAACAAGAACACAACAACUCGGAAGAAUUACGAAAUACAACUGAAAGAAGUCUGCAGUUGGAAGGACAACUUUCUGAUCUCAAAACCUCUGAACAAGUCUUGAUUGAGAAAAAUGAUUAUCUUAACAAUGAAGUCAAACAGUUCUCAAAUGUUCUCGAAGGUAAAGAUGUAGAAAUAGGUAUGCUAAAAAUUGAAUUGUUGGAGAAAGAUCAAGAGAUUAAAGAAAGAGUGAAUGAAAUUGCCGUGUUAAAAGAGAAGCAUGUAGAGAGUCAAGAACUGGUAUCUGAUCUACAAACCGAAAUCAACCAAUAUAAAAGUAACUUGAACGCCGUUAAUAAUUCAAACCUACAACGCGAACGGGAUGCAUAUCAACGGAAACUUAUGAAGGCCUGUUCGGAAUUAAAAAACGCAACUGAAAACAACAAACUGAUGGAACGAAUGUGUUCUGAUCUUAAAACGUCUAAACAAGCGUUAGGUGAGACUGUCCAUUCUCUUAACAAACAAAUGAGAGAGUUAGCCAUGGGAAAGGAAAGCGAAAUAAACAACCUAAAUUAUGAAUGUCAACGUAAAGGUAAAGAUAUUGAAAAUACAAUGACUGAACUCUCGUUGAUAAAAGAACAAAAUAAAUCAAAUGAACAACUGGUCACUGAUUUACAAGUUGAACUCGGCCGAUAUAAAAGUAACUUGAAAGAAAAAGACUCUGACGCAGCAAAGAUGAUUUUAAACCUAAGACGUGAAGUGGAAACAUAUCAGAUCGAACUAAAUCAAGCACAGGACAAACUCAGACAUGUGACUGAGAAUACUUUUAAAAAGUCUGAACAAGCGUUCAUUGAUGAAACAGGUUCCUUAAAUGAUAAAAUCCGAGAGUUAACAAAUAUGCUCAAAAGAAAAAAUAGCGAUGUGCGGAAGAUGGAAACGAAAAUGGCUGAAAUUUCCUCAAUAGAAGAGAAAAAUACCAAACUUGAACAACAGGUCACAGAUUUACAAAUUGAAGUAAACCAAUAUAAAAGUGCCUUGAACGACAAAAGUUUCGCCUACACUAAAUUAACUGAUACUAUUUCAAACUUAAGACAUGAAAUGGAGACGUAUCAGAGCGAGAUCAAUCAGGCACGAGAUGAACUGAAAAAUGCGACUGAGAAAACUAAACAGAUGGAACGAAAGUGUUCCGAUCUAAAAAAGAGUAAUCAAGCGUUCAUUGAUGAAACAGGUUCUUUAAAGGAUAAAAUCCGAGAGUUAACCAAUAUUCUCAAAAUAAAUGACAGUGAUGUACGGAAGAUGGAAAAGAAAACGGCUGAAAUUUCCUCAAUAGAAGAGAAAAAUAAUAAACUUGAACAACAGGUCACAGAUUUACAAAUUGAAGUCAAUCAGUACAGAAGUGACUUGAACGACAAAAGUUCUGCCACCGCCAAUUUGACUAAUACUAUUUCAAACUUAAGACGUGAAGCGGAGACGUAUCAGAGCGAGGUCAAUCAGGCACGGGAUGAACUGAAAAAUGCGACUGAGAAAACUAAACAGAUGGAACGAAUGUGUUCCGAACUAAAAAAUAGUGAUCAAGCUUUUAUUGAUGAAACAGGUUCUUUAAAGGAUAAAAUCCGAGAGUUAACAAAUAUUCUCAAAAGAAAAGACAGCGAUGUACGGGAGAUGGAAGAAAAAAUGGCGGAAUUAUCCUCAAUAGAAGAGACAAAUAAUAAACUUGAACGACAGGUCACAGAUUUACAAAUUGAAGUCAACCAAUAUAAAUUUGACUUGAACGACAAAAGUUCUGCCUCUACUGAAUUGGCUAAUACUAUUACAAACUUAAGACGUGAAGUGGAGACGUAUCGGUGCGAGCUCAUUCAGACACGGGAUGAACUUAGAAGUACGACUGAGAAAACUCAACAGAUGGAACGAAAGAUUUCCGUUCUAAAAAAGUCUCAACAGGUGACUAUUGAUGAAAGAGGUUCUAUAAACGAUAAUGUCAGAGAGUUAACAAAUAUUCUCAGAGGAAAAGACAGUCAUAUACAGAAGAUAGAGACAAAAUUGGCUGAAUUGUCCUUGAUAAAAGAGGAAAAUGUAAGAGCUGAACGACAGGUCACAGACUUACAAAUUGAAAUGCAGAAAUAUAAAAGUGAAUUGAAAGACGAAAGUGGUAAUUUGACGAAACUGACCAAUACAAUUUCGAACUUAUGUCAUGAAUCGGAGAAUUGUAAGAGUGAGCUCAAAGAGGCCCAUGAAAAAAUACGGAAGUUUGAUCUACAAUUGAAAACUGUAAGUGACGAGCAUGAAAAUUGCAAACAUCUCAUUUCUUCUCUACGUAAAGAGAAUGAAAAGCUGUCUAUGUGCAAAGUUGACCAGGCAAGACGUUCAGAAGCAACGCUUAGUCAAAGAGAACACGAACUUAGUCUUGCUUUGGAAAAAUCAAGGCGCGAGUUCCGUGAAGUUCAGCAUGAAAUAGAUGAUACAAAAACACGGCUUAGUAAGGUCAUGGAGCAGAAACGGACUGACAACAAUCCAAAUAUCGCCGAACUAAGCGAUAUAAAUCGACCAACAAAACUUUCUGAGCGUUACUCCGAAUUGUAUGACAACCAAUGGCCACAAGCAUUUGAUGUCAUUUGCAAACAGUUACACGACGAACAAUCUACAAUCGAAACCCUCAUUGGUAUACUGAUGAAUGCUGCCAAAUAUUGUCGGGAAGAAGCCAUGACACAGUUGGAAGCAAUACAAGGAAUUUUGCUACCCCGGAAGACUGGAUCCACUUUUCCGUCACUUCUUCACAAGAACUUGAAUGAUUUUCGAAAAGUACUUGGAGAACAAACAGGAGCCGCCAUUUAUGAGAAAUACAUACGAGACAUUGCUAAACAGCGCCAGCAGUCUUUGCAACUAGACGUAAAACCAUACGUCAAGGAAUGCGUUGAACUCUGUUGGCUUAUGAGCAUACAGGACCCACCUGUUGUUGUUGCCCAAGAGGUACAACACGGUGAAAAUUUCGACACGGACUUCUACAAGGCAUACACCAAGAGUGGUCCUCUCGUUGACUUCGUCGUCUGGCCCGCCCUUUGCCUCCACGAGAAUGGUCCACUGCUUUGCAAAGGCAUCGCACAGGGAUAUGGCGGGAAGAACACAAAGUUAAGCAAAGUGAUGGGUCAGAAGCUUACAGACAACAAUCCUAAUAUUGCUGACCUCAGUGAUAAAAACCGGCCUACAAAACUGGCUGAGCGUUACUCGGAGUUGUAUGACAACCAAUGGACAGAUGCCUUCGAGGUCGUUAACAAUCAGUUACACGACGAGAAGUCUACAAUAGAUUCACUAUCUAACAUUUUGCUGAGUGCCGCCGAUUUCUGUCAAAUGGAAUCUGAAGCACAGAUGACAGCUUUAAAAGAAAUACUGAUUCAAAAUCAGGCUGGAUCAACUUUUCCGUCACUUGUUCAGAAGAAUUUGAAGGAUUGUCGAAAGGCAUUAGGAGAACAAACUGGCGCUGCCCUUUAUAAGAAAUACAUCGACAUAAUGGCAGGUCAGCAACAGAAACCCCUACAGUUGCAAGUUAAACCCUUCGUCAAGGAGUGCAUUGAGCUUUGCUGGUUGAUGAGCAUCCAAGACCCACCCGUUGUUAUUGGACCCAAGGUAGAACACGGAACCAGGUUUGACACGGACUUCUACAAGGCGUACACCAAAAGCGGUCCCUUUGUCGACUUUGUGGUCUGGCCCGCCCUGUGUCUUCAUGUGAAAGGGGCUUUACUCUGCAAAGGAAUUGCACAGGGGUAUGGUGGGAAGAGGAUAAAUUAAAAUGUUCAACUGAUUAGCAUCGCUUAUGUUUCAACUAUCUAGACAGUUAUGGGUUUUUGGUGUGGCAUAUAUCAAUUACAAUUUAUAUUCUCUGCAUACAUACGUGCAAGUUUGUACAUUAGAUAUAUUUGUGAACAUAUCAAUUUGUAUCAACUGCAUUGGAUGUGCUGUUUGAAUCAGGUUUAUUUUUGAGUAAAAUCGAACAAUUAUUUGUUUUAAUAAGACUUGAUUAUACAUUCCUCUUUCGUGCCAGACUGUGUACAGCUUAAUGCGUUGUCUUCGUGUAUUUUUAUGCUGUAUUGCUUUUUUGAAAGUGUUUGUAUCAUGUAUUGUUUUAUGAUAAUCAAAAAAUAAAAAUAAUGUAUGGCGAA